AGCGUCUGGAUGGAGCCCUCAGACAUCCCGGAGACCACCACCCCUUUUGAGUAUGAUCCUCAGAGCUUUCUGUGUGAGAAGAAGACCUUUGUCUUUGCCACCUUCAGCACCACCAUCCUGUACUGCCUGGUGUUCUUCCUCAGCAUGGUGGGCAACAGCCUGGUGUUGUGGGUCCUGGUGAAGUAUGAGAGCCUGGAGUCCCUCACCAACGUCUUCAUCCUCAACUUGUGUCUCUCAGACCUGGCGUUCUCCUGCUUGUUGCCCGUGUGGGUCUUGGGGUACCACUGGGGCUGGUUGUUGGGAGACUUCUUUUGCAAGCUCCUCAACAUGAUCUUCUCCAUCAGCCUCUACAGCAGCAUCUCCUUCCUGACCAUCAUGACCAUCCAUCGCUACCUGUCCGUGGUGAGUCCCAUCUCAUCGCUGCGUGUCCACACCCUCCAGCGCCGCGUGCUGGUGACCAUAGCUGUGUGGGCAGCCAGCAUCCUGUCCUCCAUCCCCGAUGCCAUCUUCCACAAGGUGUUCCCUUCGGGCUGUGAUUAUUCAGAACUCGAGUGGUUCCUAGCCUCAGUUUACCAGCACAACAUCAUCUUCCUUCUCUCCUUGGGGAUUAUCCUGUUCUGCUACGUGGAGAUUCUCAGGACCCUGUUCCGCUCGCGGUCCAAACGGCGCCACCGGACAGUUAGGCUCAUCUUCACCAUUGUGGCGGCAUACUUCCUCAGCUGGGCUCCCUACAACCUGAUCCUGUUUCUGCAGACACUGUUGAAACUUGGCGUCAUUCGGAGCUGCGAGGUCAGCCAGCAGCUGGAUUAUGCCCUGCUCAUCUGCCGCAACGUUGCCUUCUCCCACUGCUGCUUCAACCCGGUGCUCUACGUCUUUGUCGGGGUCAAGUUCCGCAGACACCUCAAAAGUCUGCUCCGGCACUUCUUGCUCUGCCGGCAACAGGCACCUGGCCUUCCCCUGUCACCUCACCCCCCAGGUGCCUUCACCUAUGAGGGCAUCUCCUUUUAUUGA